CAUCUCUACCACGUUUUUUGUGAUUAAAAAUCAAAAAUCUGAGCGUAGCGGGAAAUGAAAUUUUCUAGUCCUUUUGAUAUUUUUAUCUUCUUCUAAAAAGAAAAUAAAUUAUAUAACAUACUCUGUCUCUGUUUCUCUCAAUACUCAAAAAAAACUCACAAGACAACGUUCCACUUAUUACUAUGAACUGAGAGAGAGAGAGAGAGAGAGAGAGAGAGAGAGAGAGCGAGUGCUCUCCCAGUUUCUUCUCACCCCAAAAAUCACAAUCACAUGGCGAGGGUUAAACACCCUGCUCAUAAAAAUCCAAAUCGAAAAAAAUUAUCUGAUCGCACCGGAGGAGGGGCCUCAACAUCUUCUCCAAGAACGUCUCCUAGUGGAAGGUCGAGCCAAACCAACAGGGAGAAUCCAAAAUCUCCAGGAACUCAGCGGAAGAAGCGACGUUAUAGGCCAGGAACAGUGGCCCUUCGUGAGAUUCGCCACUUUCAGAAGACUUGGAAUCUGGUCAUUCCAGCUGCUCCUUUCAUUAGAGUUGUAAAACAAUUAUCACUGCAAUUCUCUCCAGAGAUUAGUCGUUGGGCAGCAGAAGCUUUAGUAGCACUCCAGGAGGCAGCGGAGGAUUUUUUGGUCCAUUUAUUUGAAGAUGCAACGCUCUGUACAGUUCAUGCGAAGCGUGUAACUCUGAUCUGCAUAGCCACAAACAUGAUGUACAACAUAUGCUAGCUUGAACAUUAUUCCUUUCGCCUAUGUUGUGCUGGAAGUGAAGAAAGAUUUUGAGUUGGCACGUCGGCUUGGAGGGAAAGGAAGGCCUUGGUGAGGGCACCAGCAACCAGAAUUUGGAAUUGUUCUUAAACUGACAGCAAUUACCAUUUUUUUUUUCUUUACUAUUUAGUUAUGUAGGAAGCAAUCUCACUUUAUGUGACAUGAUGUAUUAUCAUCUAAUGUAGUUGUCUGAUCGUUCAACAUAUAGGAUACUGGCAUGUAAGGUUCUGACUUUAGAUAUUAAGGUGACGUGCGGAAUGGAUUGGAAAAUGGAACCUAAAAUAUAUUGAAGAAGAUCCAUGAUCUCCAUUGCAAAAAAAUGCUAGUUAUGCUUUUAAAGGGUUAAUGCGAAUUUCCCAUUAGACUGAAGC